AGAAAAAAAAAUUCAUUUUCUUUUUUUUUAUUAAUAAAAUUAAAAAUUACUCAACAUUUAAUAACCAUUUAAGCAGUUAUUUAAAAAAUUAGUAUAAGUCUCUAUAGAAAUAUUUCAUUUUCAGUUUAAAUAUAUAAAAAAAAAAAAACAAUUACAAUUAGCCCCAAAAAAAAACUUCGAUCAAAAAAAAUGUUUUAUUCACAAUAUACAGUUCGCGUAGUCACCAACUCAACUCACUAGUGUCACACACUCUAGCUGAUGUAUAAAAAAAAAAUGAAGAAAAAAAGUUCCUUAUAAUAUGUAUAGUCUACUUCUACUUUAAAAAAAAUUUCCCAUAAAGAAGAAAAGAAAGAAAAGAUUUUUAAAUAUCCUAAAAUAGCCAAUUUGAGGAGAAGGUGAAAGUUUAUUUAUUCGUUGUUUUUUGUGAUGACUCUAUCAAAUAGCCAAUCUUCGAGUGGCACAAGUAAUACGGACACGUCCACUCCGCAACAACAACACCAUCACCAACAACAUCAUCAUCGAUCAUCCACAAGUAGCAGCAGGCAUUCUGCUAGUGGCUCUGGUGGCGCUAGUGGUGGAGGUGGAAAUGGUGGAAAUGCUCAACCACCUCCAUCACGUCGCUCUGAUUCCGAUAGAACAAAGAAUCCAAAUAGCAGAAAUAUUCUGCAAUCCGUUACGACGACGGAUAAAUAUUCUAGACAAUCUCUAGAAUCUUCCUCGUCAGCUUAUCGUAGUAAUAUCAUGACUCCAACGUCGAUUUCUGAUUCCGAUUUAAUUCCAUCGAAUCCAAAUCAAUCGACUAAUCCAAAUAAAUCUAAAGACUCGUCUUUCAUGGACGAAUCUUUAUAUAAAACUGCCCCCGAGCUAAUUGAUCCAUCGAUUAUUAGCCGCGGACCGCCAAUUGCCAUUCGGCGAUACACCCGUUCGGCUUUGUAUCUACUUCGUAAUGAUAUACGUUCACGCUACCGUCCAAAAUGCACAUCAAAACUACAAGUUUUGUGCAUCUGGAAGACUAGCAAUAGUUCUUCAUAUUCGAAGAAUUCAUCAUCAUCGUCGUCGAAUCCAAUGGAAACGACAGCAUCUUCGCCACGAAUGUCAACUUUACAACGACUUUCGAGUGGUGGUCAUGAUGAUUCCGAUAGUUUGCAUCAUCAAAAAAACUAUCAUUUAGAUCAUCGAAGUAUAUCGUCGUCGCAUUUGAUGCCGGCAUUUGCUAAAAGGAGAAUUGUUGUUCCAUUGGGGGUGAAUAGUCCUCCAGGUGCAGGGUCAUCUGGUGGGGAACCGAUGAAGGCACAGGGACCGACAAAGAAUCCAGAACAUAGUAAAUAUGUUUCACCACAGAGGAAAAACACUCAAAGUCAUUCUUCGGAUGGGGAUAGAGAGUUGGAAAGACCAGAUAACGAUAGAGAUCGUAAUUGGAAUCGUGGGGAGAGAGAUAUGAAUUCUUCUGGUGGCGGUGGUGGAGGAACGAAUGCUCGGGAACGACGAAUUGGUAGUGGUCGUUUGAUUCCGAGAGAUGUUAAUUGGGAUUAUCCCACAGAGAAGGAUUCUACUUCCUCCACAGCUUUGGAGAAGCCAAGUGGUUUUAAUAAUGCUUCAUCAGAUUCAAAUAAUUCGUCUUCAAAUCAACAACAACAACAACGUUAUGAUAACACACAUCGUUCACCAACAUCAAAAGAUUCUUCUUAUGUUGGUGGUGGAAGUGGUUCUGGUAAUGUUAAAAACCAACAACCACAACCAUCUAAUCGUCAAGAAUCUAGAUUUGAUUCACGUAGAUCAAGCAAUUCAUUUGCCCGUGGCGAAUAUGAACGUGACAAUCGUGGAGAUAAUUCAAAUUAUGUACGACGUUUUAUGUCUGAUUUGAUGAAUCAAAAUGCUAAUAAUAAUUUUCCAAGUCAAAAACCGAAUCAUAGUGGGGAAAAUAAUAAUCGUCGUCGUAAUAAUCGUAAUGCUGAACCAGAAUGGUUUAGUGGUGGACCAACUUCACAGCAUGAUACAAUUGAGUUGCGUGGAUUUGAUGAAGUCGAAGAUUCGAAUUCGAAUAGCAGUGGAAGUAUUAAAGGUCGACUUUCGAAGCAGACUUCUAACAAAAAUGACGCAGGCAAAUCACCCAAGGGCAGUCAAAAUGAUUUAUGUUCAAAUAAAUUUAACAAAGACGAAGAAAUCUCUAUCCAUAGCGACGAUGAAGGAAAUAAUAUUAUGUCUCGUGAAAUGUUGCCAGAUAAUUUUGAUGCUGCACCUCUUUCAAAAACUGGUGCUCCAAAUAAAAACGAUUCAAGCCAACAGGAUGAUCAAAACAAUUUUGGCAAGCCAUCAGAUGAUAAACAACAACAACAACAACAAGCUGCUGAAACCAAAAGUCAAAAUGAAGAAAAACAAGGAGGAUUCAAUUUUGAUGCUUUCCUCAACGAAGAAUCACUAAACAAUCUCUUACUUCUUGGCGAACAAAGUGCUGGAGGUGAAAAAGAAGUUGGUUCACGAUUUAGUCGUUGGUUUGGUCAACCAAGUGAUACCACUCAAAAACCCUUAAAUGGAGAUACACCAAAACAAGAAGAUACUGCUCCUGCUCCUCCUCAACAAAUGUUGCUUGAAGAGAAACAACAACAACAACAACCAACUUCUAUCAAUUUAUCUAACCAAAGUAAUACUCUAAUGGAAUUUCUACAACGAGGUAAAAUGAACAAACAAAUUGCCCCAGGCAGACCCAAUCCCCACUUAAGCCUGGAAGAACUGGAAGCUAGAAUGCGUAAGGUUGGCACAGAUGAUGCACAACCACCACAACAACCAAUAAUCAAGGAACAAUUAGAUUUAAAUAAAAUGCAUGACAACCCAUUAAAUCAAUUCCUUGCUAACAAUAAUGUACUUCAACAACAGCAACCCCAAAUUAAGCCGCCAAAUCUAGAAGAUGGUGGCCAUCCAAUCCAUCACCAUCCACAACAACAACAUAUCCCAAUCUAUCCAACUCAUCCAAUCGGUCAUAAUCUCGUCCAACCACAGACACAGGACAUGGAUGCAUUUAAGAAACUCCUCGAGCAAAUUACUCCAGCUGGAAAACCUCCCACCAAUAUAAAGCAAACAAUUGCGCCAUUACAACAGCAGCAAAUGCAACGUCCACCACCUCCUCCAGCUCUAUCAAUGCCACCACCACCACAUUUCAUGAAAAAUGAUGAACUUACCAAAUUCAUUCAUCAACAACAACAGCAACAGGUUCAACAGCAUGGACCACAACUUGCAGCUGCUCUCAAUCAACAACAACAACAACCACAACCGAAUGACCAUGCCAUGUUCUUGGCUCCGCAACAACGAUUUGAAGCUCAAUUACUCCUUCAAGGAUUGUCACGUGGUGAAGUCACUCAAAGUGCUCUCGGACAACAAUUAGCUAAUCCCAAUAUAUCACCACGAAGAAAAGAAGUCCUUGUGGCUGUUUUAAAAGAGACCUCCCGAGACACUUCUCCGAGUGUUAUAAUGCCACCUGGUCCGCAAAUAAUGUCGCCAGUUCUCGGUGGACAGGGACAUGCUAACUUGAAUAUUCCAACACAACCACCACCAUUAAUUAUCCCUGGCCCACCCAUCAAUCAUCCCAUUCAGCCAAUUCCAUCGCCACGUGAGCUGCAGUAUCAUACACAAUCUAUCAUGCAAAAUGCUUUGAUUAAAAAGAAAUUGGAAGAGCAACAAGAGAACUUUAGACGUCGUCGUCAAGAGAUUCAAAAACAACAACAGCAACAACAGCAGCAGCAACAAGUCCAGCAUAAUAAACCUUCAUCCCAAGCUGAUGCCAAUGACUUUGGAAAUAUGAAUGCAUCACAACAACAACAACAAUAUUCUCAAAACCAACAGCAUGCAAAAACCCAACAACAACAGCGCCAUGUUAAUUCACCAACUCCUCUCGCUUUCACUCCAACUUCAGUCCUUCGCAAAAUGACCGCUGAAAAGGAUACAGUUGGCGGGGUGUUCCAUGCUGCAUCUUCAUCGAAUGUCACUAGAACUGCAAACACUUCACCAUUAAUGGUUGCCACCAAUACCGGGCCUAAUAAUGCGAAUUCCAACAAACCAAUGCACUCUUUGUUGAUGCAUUUCCAACAACAACAACAACAGCAGCAACAACAACAGCAGCCAAAUGCAUCUCAAAAUCAACCAAGAAUGAUUUUGGGUGUUGGCAGUCAUUCUCAGCAACAGCAGCAGCAAGGCGGUAUGCCUAUUCUUUCUGGUCCACCAAUUCAACAACAACAGCAGCCACAACAGCAUCAAGAUAAUUCCAGAUUGAAUCAAACGCUUCGUAACAACAAUCCAAUGAAAUGGACAGGACCAGGAGCAGCAAUUGUCAACCAAGUUCCAUCAAAUAAACCAAUGGGACGACCAAUUUUAAAGGGAAACCUUACACAGCAAAUGCCAAAUGCUGGUUUGAAUCCAAUCCACCAGCAACAACAACAACAACCAACUCCACAAAUGGCAUUUGCCUCUAAAAUUGAAUUUCAACAAAUUCAACAACAGCGAGCCGCCAAUAAUCAACAACAACAACAACAGCAACUUGGUCAUUCACAACAGCAACAACAAAAACAACAACAACCAAUUUCAAUGCCCCCACAACAGCAGCAACAAUCUCAAAAUAUAAUUAUGACACAGUUGUAUCAACAACGUGCUGCCUUGCAACGAGUUCAACAAUACCAAUUCGAUCAACUUCACCAACAACAACAGCAACAACAACAGCAGCAACAACAAAUGAAUUUAAUUCAAAACAACGGCAAUCGCCCAGAUCGCAGCGGUGGCGGUGGUGGAGGUGGAAAUAAUCCCAUUCAACCAGCCUGUGGUAAUAUCAUCAAUUAUCAGCGUGACGGAGGUCUUUCACCAACUAGCAAUCAGUUGGCUCGAUGGUUCUCACCUGAACUCUUGGCUCAAGCAUCUGCUGGCAAGUUGCCCCUUUUGAAUAUGAAUCAAGCUUUGAGCUUGGAAGAAUUUGAGAAAAGUAUACAACAUUCCUCAACGGCUGCGAACAAUUAAAUAAAAAAACAAAA